AUGCCUUCAGCCAAGAAGCGCUCGAAACAAAGUUCAAGCUCAAAGCCAACAACUCGCCAAUCUGCUCGCAAGAAGCGCAACCAGUCUCCAGACCCCAGCACCGAUGGGGAACAAUCUGAUACCUCUCGAGAUGACAGCAAAGAAAAUUCUGAUGAAGACAACGACAAACAUCCAGACAAAGACGAAGAUUCAAACAUUAAUCUCAAAAACGCUGUACUUCCCACUCUAGCAAACUAUGCCACCGUAGGUGUGGAAUGGACUGAUACCUACUUAGACAAAGUACUGGCUAGACGAAAGAUUGGAUCAAACAACCGACCUUCACAAGACAUUCUCUUGGAAGCUCAAGCGCUACAGGACACCUUCGAACGAUCGCUCAAGAUGCUAAGUCUUGCCGGGCACGUCAGUUAUCCCACCUUGAGGGCAGCCCUGUUCCUCGGACUUAGUCAAUGUGCUACCACAGCGUACGAUACCUACCGAGCAUACAGCAAGAAGAACACCCAGGAAACAGCUAUGCCACCUCGCAAUACUCGUCCCGGUUUUGCACCACGUAACAAAGCUAUUGGGAAUGUGUGGACCAGCCUUGAUACCCAACAAAAAGCUAUCUUCCACCCCCCCUUCUUCAAACGAUUAGCUGAAGCUGUCUUACAGCCAGAUAGUGUUCAAAGCUCAAUACCAGCAACCGAAGAUUCUCUCAACCCCUCUGAUUUAACUUCCUACAUCCCAACCUUCCGCGAGCUAGUCAAUAUGUGUAAGGUUGAAUGUCAUUUCGAACGUGGAUCACUCGGCAUUCCACAGAGUGUACAAAGUGAAAAGAAAGGUCGUGACGAGGUGGGCAAAGUUGUCAAACAACUUCAUGCACUGCAUGCACAGUUUCAAAUCGAAUUUCAUCUUCUUGUGUCAUCGUUCACCCCAAAGACUAAACUUGCCAAGGCUCUAUGGAUGGAGGAGUACACGUCUUGUGAUCGAUGGGCACAGUUGGUCAAAUCUGAGCAUCAUUUACUUGAAAAUUUUGCCAAGGAGUCCACUCAAUGUCCGCGUGAUGUUUUCAAAAAGAAAGCCUCCACAAACGCCAAACCAGCCACUGCCACCGAGCAAACUCGAUUGCGACAGGAGCUCACCUCGCGUCUUAACCAGCUGGUUGGUAAGUGGUAUAUCCUUUUCUUCCAAGAAAAGGAAGUAACUUAUGACACCAAUUUAACCUCCAAGAAAAUCAACUACCUUACCCACCCCGACCAAAUGUUGACAUUCAUCCCAAAGGUCCUAAAUGUGAUUUGUUACUUGAAAAUAACUGAUGCAAUGCUUGAGAAGGGGCCUGCACCAGGAAACAUGAGUCUUGGAGAUGUUCGACUGUGGCUGAAGGAGAUCAAUGAACAACACUAUACAGUUGUACUGGCCAGCGUACCACCUGGAAGUGUGUCAAACUCAACUACUUAG